AUGGUUACACUGCCCCACUGUUGUACCCUUCUGCUGGCCUUAAUUCUUCUCAUUGUUUCAACGCACACAUCGAAAAUAGUAACCCCCCCUAGAGGUGCUCACUACAACAAGGUGACUGCAUCUGCGCAACAUGGUUGGAAUAGGAGUCACUCCACCCGUAGGCUGUUCUUCUUAAAAAAGGAGAAGCAAAAUGAUGCUCGUUUCAAAAGGUUAUAUGACCUUAAGAGUUGGUUAAAUAGCCUUUUGGGUGAAAUUCUGCCUGGGGAGAGUGGCCAUGGAAUGUUGGUAGGGGGGCAGAAAAGGUGGAGGCCGGGGUUGGGUAACACGCUCGACGGGAUGCUAUACCCCCCGUAUGAGGUGCAGAAGGCCGUCAGGUGCUACACGUUCCCGUCACGCGAUGGGGUUGAUGAGGGUGACAAGGAAGACAGUAGGGUGGACAGUAAUGUGACCAGUAAUGUGGGUAUUAAUGUGGAUAGUAAUAUGUGUAGCAGCGUAAACCGCACCACGUGCAGCACUGGCAGCCAAAGGGAAGGACGAAUGGAGGCUAAGCGUGACGGAGGAAGGUGCACCGGCCCCGCCCAAAUCGAGCGGUACAUCACUCGACAGUUAAUACACUUAACGAGCGAACUUAUAAAAAUACAGAACGAAUGGGAAAAAGACAAACAGGAGGAGAAAGCAAAACCGAGCAGUAGCCUUAACGGAAAGACGAACAGCUGUGUAAAGUGGAAUUACUACCUGAAUAGCAAAAAUACCCCCCUGAAAUGCUUCGUCUACGUGGAUGUGCCAGAAGGAACAGUAAUGUUAAAGCCAGAAAAGGUAGACGACAAAAAAAAAAAGUUUUUAAUUUCCAUCAAUGCUUUAAAUGAUAUCAGAAGGAAUAAUAAAGAGAUAUUAAAAAAUAUUUAUUUUAAAAAACAUGAAAUAACUUUUGACCACAUAUAUCGAAAUAGUAAUUGCAUAACAUUGUUGUUUAGCAGAUUUAUUGACCAUCCUUACCUUCUCAAUGCGUUGUCUUUUUUUUGUUUAUCAUCUUGUGGCUACCUUCUGACUGAUGUUUUUUACCAAGGAGUUCUACACUUAUUGAGUAGCGAAAUUAUUUGGAACCCCCUUGUAUACAACGUCUGGUGUAACGUAUACCAUACGACUUUGCCAUUGAAGCUUUAUUUGGCUAAACAGACCUACUCCUACGGAAGAGUUGCCUUUGAUUUUUUUGUGAAUUAUGUAAGGGCGAAAUUGAUUAGGUUGGAAACUUCGUUAAUGAAUUCUUCGUUGAGACGCAAAGUGGAUUUAGACACUCGCGAGGAAAACACGUAUGACGAUAAAAUGUUUUCCAUUUCGACACAGUGUGACAUUUCGGAUGAGGAAGAAGAGGACUUCACCUACAUUUGA